CACUCGACCACGCCCUACACACCACUCCACGGCGACCAGUGGGGAUUCACGCGCCGCGACCUGAGCCGUAGCGGGAUCCGCGGCGAGGGCCAGGCGGGUUGCGGCGCGAUCGACGGCGGGCUCGGCUCGGCGUGCGCGGCGACGACCUAGUGGAGGCGGGGAUCGGCGACGGCGGCGUGACGGACGGCGGGGUGCUUAGGUUGUCUUGUUAGAAUUACCUUCUUUUCCCUUGGUCACUGAGCAACCUUCAUGAUGAACUCUGGAUGGUGAAGGAAUUCAGGGGGUAGAGAAAUACCACGAUGGCUGUUAGGAGUUUCUGUGCUGCUCUUGUCCAAAUACUCUUCUGUUUUAUUCUCUGUCAGCUUUGUUAUGGCACAGUAAGUGAUAUCCAAUGCCUGAAAAAGCUGAAGGCAUCAGUUGAUCCGAACAAUACGUUAGAGUGGACAUUCAAUAACAAUACCGAAGGAUUCAUAUGCGGAUUUAACGGUGUGGAAUGUUGGCAUCCCAAUGAAAAUAAGAUUCUUGGUCUUCAUCUUGGCAGCAUGGGUCUUAAGGGCCGAUUCCCUGAUGGACUUGAGAAUUGUAGUAGCAUGACAUCCCUGGAUCUCUCAGGCAAUAGCCUUUCUGGCCCGAUCCCGGCAGAUAUCUCGAAGUUGCUGCAAUACAUUACAAACCUUGAUCUAUCGUAUAAUAGCUUCUCAGGGGAGAUUCCGGAAGCACUAGCUAACUGUAGUUAUCUCAAUGCUGUCAAUUUGCAACAUAAUAAAUUGACUGGAAUGAUCCCAGGGCAGCUUGCUUCUCUUAGUCGCCUAAUCCAGUUUAAUGUUGCCGACAAUGAAUUGUCAGGGCAGAUUCCUUCGUAUUUGAGCAAAUUUCCACCCUCCAAUUUUGCAAAUCAAGACCUUUGUGGAAGGCCUCUGAACAAUGAUUGCACUGCCACUUCAAGUAGUCGUACUGGGGUAAUUGUUGGUUCUGCUGUUGGUGGUGCAGUUAUAACUUUAAUAAUAAUUGCUGUUAUUUUAUUCAUUUUCUUGCGGAAAAUGCCUGCAAAGAAGAAGGAAAAGGUUGUAGAAGAAAAUAAGUGGGCCAAGACUAUUAAGGGAGCAAAAGGAGUGAAGGUAUCGAUGUUUGAGAAAUCAGUUUCAAAGAUGAAGUUGAAUGAUCUCAUGAAAGCAACAGGCGAUUUUACAAAGGAAAACAUUAUUGGAACUGGUCGAUCAGGAACUAUGUACAAAGCUACACUUCCAGAUGGUUCAUUCCUUGCUAUCAAGAGGUUGCAGGACACUCAGCAUUCGGAGAGCCAAUUCACGUCUGAGAUGUCAACACUUGGAAGUGUAAGGCAACACAACUUACUUCCUCUUUUGGGAUACUGUAUUGCUAAGAAAGAGAGGCUUUUGGUGUACAAGUACAUGCCCAAGGGUUCUCUUUAUGAUCAUUUGCACCAAAAUAGCAGUGAGAAAAAAGCAUUAGAAUGGUCACUGAGGCUAAAAAUUGCCAUUGGGACUGCUAGAGGAUUGGCGUGGCUUCAUCACAGUUGCAACCCCCGAAUUCUUCAUCGGAACAUUAGUUCUAAGUGCAUAUUGCUCGGUGAUGACUAUGAGCCUAAGAUUUCUGAUUUUGGUUUGGCAAGGCUUAUGAAUCCCAUUGACACCCACCUGAGCACAUUUGUAAAUGGUGAGUUUGGUGACUUGGGGUAUGUAGCUCCUGAAUACACACACACCCUUGUGGCCACUCCAAAAGGGGACGUUUAUAGCUUUGGAGUUGUCUUGCUUGAACUCGUCACUGGUGAAGAGCCCACACAUGUGUCAAAUGCCCCAGAGAACUUCAAAGGGAGUUUGGUGGAUUGGAUAACAUACCUAUCAAACAACUCUAUACUUCAGGAUGCGAUUGACAAGUCCUUGAUUGGGAAGGACAACGAUGCUGAGCUGCUUCAAUGCAUGAAGGUUGCGUGUUCUUGUGUGCUUUCUUCUCCAAAGGAAAGGCCUACAAUGUUUGAAGUUUACCAGCUUCUGAGAGCUGUUGGAGAGAAAUAUCAUUUCAGUGCUGCUGACGAUGAAUUGACAAUGCAACCUCAAAACGCCAAUGCUGAAGAUGAACUUAUUGUAGCAAACUAGGUGAAUUUCUAUGAUGAAGGGAUGCUUGUCAGAUACGAAAGGUACUAGGAGUAAUUGUUACAUGGGAAUAAUCAGAUAGAUUUGAAAGCAAAACGUUCUGUAUCUUAUCUUUUAAGCUGGCUGCCUUACCCUAGAAUCAACCUCUGCUGUUCACGUUCUGUACAUCCUUGCUUUGUUGUGUAUCUUCAGGAUUGGUGUCGUGUUGUAAGAUGGAUCAAUUGUAUCUGCGUCCAAACCUUUAGCUAUAGUGGUUGCUCUAGUAAUGUGAAACAAUGUUGAUCAAUCGUUAGUCUGCAGUUUUGUGCUGCCUUCUUUUUGCUCUUAUUUUGACGGUCUUUUAUAUUGGAGUUACAUGAUCAGUGUUGAUCAGUGUUUGUUGUGAGCGCAGCAUUUGACAGAUAUGGGCUGGGACCUGGGCAGCUGUAUUUGUAAGAUGAUUUCCCACUGUAGUCUUUUACAUAGGAAGAGCAAUGUAGUCAGAAUGGUACCAUGAA